AAACCCGGCUUUCCGCGCGCGCUUCGGCUACCAAACUAACAACACAGGCCCAGGCGCAGGCUCCGCGCCGCCCGCGGGAAGGCAGCGGGAGGCCGGCGCGGGGCGCUUUGCUCCUGCCACUCAGCCAGUGCGCGUCCACGCGGGCGCCUGGGGGGCUACGGCGCGCGCGCGCGCCGCCGUCCCGGGAGGCGCCGCUCCCCCUCGGGCGUCCCGGGGAGCCUGGCGCGGUUAAAGGACCCGUGCGGGCCGCCGUGGCUGCGGAAGGGGGGGCCGUAGCCUUCCUCCGGCUGGCUGGCGGACAGACCUCCGACCCCUCCUCGCAGGGACGCCGGGUGGGGUCGCUCCCUCCGGGCAGCCCCUCCCUCCUCCGCCGUGUCCUGCCUGCCCCCUGCUGGGCGCCGGGGAAAACAGGCAGGCUGGUCCUUGUCUCCCCUACAGCUUCUAUCCCAGAAGUUUGUCUGUUGCUCAUGUUUGUGCUAGUCAUAUUUAAUACAUACCUACAGCAGAGAUGUAUGGAGUAAUUCAGUCUCACUUACGCUAAUCAAUUGUUAAAAAUAAUUCUAAGGUUUAACACUGUUUAUUUUGCACUGUUUAUAAAUGUGUGUUCCGCGCACAAACUGCAUCAGAAUAUCUUAUGGUAUUUGUUGAAAAUGUAGAUUUUGGACAUUUUUACCAUUAUUUCAGCUGAUUCUUAUAGACAGUAACUUUUGGGAACUAUUGACCAUCUAACUCCUUCUGUUAGAACUAUCUCGUCCUAUUUAUUUAAUUUGGAUUUUAAAUCAUGUUAGCUUGGACAUCUCAGUCCUGCUUUCUGUCGGUGUCCGCUUCACAUUAACUCCUGGAUGAGAGAAGUGUCACUGUGUCUGUCCAAAAUGGUCCUUCACAUGAAUUUGGAAUUCUACCUUUCCUAUCUUCUCAGAUACUUAGUUUUACUUACAUAGGAGUUACAAUAUACCAGCUAUGGAUUUAGGUUGCCUUAAAUGUCAUGAAUUAUUUAAUACUCCCAAUGGCCUGUGAUGUAGUCACCAUUAGUAGUCCAAUCUUAUGAGAAUACUAGUAAAAAAGAAAUAGGCACAAAGAGAGUAAGUAUUUUUUUGGUGGUCCAACAGCUCAUAAAGAAUGGAUCCAAUAUUUGAACCCAGGCACUCAGGCUCUAAACACAAUAUAUCAUGGUGCCUCUCUUCAGUUGUCACUCUUGUUCCUGCUCUAAUAUUAGUUGUACUAGAGCUAAUAUUUUUUUUUCAUUCAUUUAUUCAUUUAUUUAUUCCAAAAAUAUUAUUGAGCAUCUUUUAUUUAUUUUUUUUAUAUGAAAUUUAUUGACAAAUUAGUUUCCAUACAACACCCAGUUAGAGCUAAUAUUAGUUGUACUUCUCUGUCAUCAAUGCCUUUAGGCAGCUUUGUUUUAUAAGCUAAAAGUCCAUGAUUAUUUGUUGUGCAAUUAAUAAUUUUUUGUUUACUGCAAGAAAUAAAUGGACAAUGUCUAAUUUCACAGAAUAUAGAGGCAAAAUAGAAUGUUGAGAAGUAUACAAAAAAGUAUUCCUUAUCCUGAAAUUAUGCUUAGUUGCUCUUUAAUAUUUCAUUUAGUGUCUCAAAUGAGGUAAGAGUUGUUGUUACGUGUUGGCAUUAGUCUGUCCCAGAUGAGACAGGAUUGUGUUUAAGUAUUACACAUACUCACAAUGAUGGUACAGGAAUGGUAUGCAUACCUCUCUCCUGAGCAUGAGAGUGUCUUCUUCGUGCACUUCAGGACAGCCUGAAUGACUGUCAGAGAAACCCCACCUUGGACAGAGAGCUGGAAACAGUAUGGAACACUAUUGUUCAACACUGUCAUAACAAAAAUAAAGGGACAGUCAAAGCUCCAUGACUAAUCUCUGUCUCUUUGUCUCAUGAAACACUCUACUCACUGAGAGGGAAAUAUUCAAACUUUCCCACAUGUGGGACUCUGUCAGAUCUGGACAGAACCUCAAACAUCCACACUACUGGCUCGUUUCUCUGUAAGCCUAUAAACAAAAAUAAAACAUUAUAAAGCCUAGAAAUGUCCUUUUCUUCCAGUUAAAUAAAUCCUGGAACUAUAUCUUUCUCUAGUCACUAUAAAGGUAUUUCUGUUCUGCUUUAAGAGAGAGCUCCAUUCUUUACUGUUCUCUCAUGCCAUUCCUCCUUCACUUGGACACCAUCCUGUGCAGAUGUCUAUUAUGGCACUUUUCUACUUAUGCUGCAAUAAGUGAUUAUUGUCUAUCUUUUCCAAAAUACCAUAAGCUCUUGAGAUAUAAUUACAGGAACUGGAAUCUGAGCUAAAGUGAUGUGUGCAUGAUCAAUUAUCCAGGAGAUAUCCUUGAAGGAAGGUGACCCAGAGUCCUUCCUCUUUUCUUCUUCCGCUGGAUACAAGGCACAUGUGAUGGUUACCAUGGCAACUGAACCCAUCAUGAUGGCACCCAUUUGUCUAGUGGAAAACCAGGAAGAGCAGCUGAACCUGAAUCCAGAAGCAUUACAGAUUCUUAAUAAGAUUUCUCAGCCUGUGGUGGUGGUGGGCAUUGUAGGGCUGUAUCGGACCGGAAAAUCCUACCUGAUGAACUGCCUGGCAGGACAGAACCAUGGCUUCCCCCUGGGUUCCACAGUGAGGUCUACAACCAAGGGUAUUUGGAUGUGGUGUGUACCCCACCCCUCUAAGCUGAACCACACCCUGGUCCUUCUGGACACUGAGGGUCUAAGUAACUUGGAAAAGGAAGACCCUAAGAAUGACUCAUGGAUCUUUGCCCUGACUGUGCUUCUGAGCAGCACCUUGAUCUACAACAGCAUGGGCACCAUCAACAGCCAGGCUCUGGAGCAGCUGCACUAUAUGACUGAACUAACGCAGCUGGUCAGGGCAAAGUCCUCCUCAGACUACACUGGGGUAGAGGACUCUGCCAAGUUUGUGAGUUUCUUUCCAGACUUUAUUUGGGCUUUACGAGAUUUCACAUUGGAGAUGAAGAUAAAUGGAUACUCCGUAACUGAAGAUGAGUACCUGGAGGAUGCCUUGAAGCUGCUUCCAGGCACAAAUCCCAAAAUCCAAAAUUCCAACCUUCCCAGAGAGUGUAUCAGACAGUUCUUUCCAAAACGGAAGUGCUUCAUCUUUGACCGGCCUACAAAUGACAAAAAUCUCUUAGCCCAUAUUGAGAACGUGCCAGAAGACCAGCUGGACAGUAGUUUCCGGGAGCAAUCAAACAAAUUCCGUACCUAUGUUUUCACUCAUACAAAGACCAAGACCCUACGAGAGGGAAUCAUUGUCACUGGGAACCGGCUGGAGACUCUGUUGAAAGCCUAUGUGGUUGCCAUCAAGACGGGAGAAGUUCCUUGCUUGGAGAAUGUGGUGACAGCUCUUGCCCAGCGUGAGAACUCAGUGGCCGUGCAGAAAGCAGCCGACCACUACAGCGAGCAGAUGGCCCAACGAGUGAGCUUCCCCACAGACACGCUCCAGGAGCUGCUGGAUGUGCAUACAGACUGCGAGAGGGAAGCCAUUGCAGUCUUCAUGGAGCAUUCCUUUAAGGAUGACAAGCAGGAGUUCCAGAAAAAUCUCAUGGACAUGAUAGAAAAAAAGAAGAAAGAUUUCUUGCUGCAGAAUGAAUACACAUCUGUUAAAUAUUCCCAGGCAAAGCUUCAGCAACUUACAGAGCCCCUGAUGAAAAGCAUCUCAACAGGAACUUUCUGUGUUCCUGGAGGACACAGUCUCUACUUAGAAGCAAAGAACAAGGUUGAAUGGGACUAUAACCUAGUGCCCAGGAAAGGGGUUAAGGCAAAUGAAGUUCUCCAGCACUUCUUACAGUCCCAAGUGGCAAUAGAGAAAUCCAUCCUGCAGGGAGACAAAGCCCUCACCUGUCAAGAGAAGGCACUCGCAGCUGAGCGGGCUAAGAAGGAGGCAGCUGAGAAGGAGCAGGAGCUGCUAACUCAGAAACACAAGGAGCAGCUGCAAAAAAUGGAGGCUCAAGAGAGAGGCUUCAGGGAAAACAUAGCCCAACUGAGAGAGAAGUUGGAGAAGGAAAGAGAAAGCCUUCAGAGAGAACAGGAAAAAAUGCUGAUGCACAAGCUGAAGAUCCAAGAAGAACUUCGUAAUGAGGGAUUUGAAAAGAAAUCUGAGAAGUUGCGUAGAGAGAUACAGCUACUAAAAAAAGAGAUUGUGGCAAAUAAAGAUAAAUAUUUGUUGGGUCAAUGGAUUAUUGAUGUGACUGAUGGAGUAUUCAGUAAAGAAACACCGGAUCAUACUGAGCGGGCUAAGAAGCAGGCAACUGAGAAGGAGCAGGAGCUGCUAACUCAGAAACACAAGGAGCAGCUGCAAAAAAUGGAGUCUCAAGAUAGAAGCUUCAGGGAAAACAUACCCCAAAUGAGAGAGAAGUUGGAGGAGGAAAUAGAAAGCCUUCUGAGAGAGCAGGAAAAAGUGCUGAUGCACAAGCUGAAGAUACUAGAAGCUUCCGGUUUCCAGAGACAAAAAGCACAGAUUCCCUGAGGAUAUCAUUGUGUGUGAUGAUUUUUAUCAGCUGAAGAAUUGCAUCAAAUAGAUUGAUGGCCUGAAACUGCUUAAAGUCUGCAUUUCCAGGAACUCGAUGUGGUUUAGGAUAUCAUCAGUUUGGGGCUCCUUCUUCUUAUGUUUCAGGAUGCUAAAUGGGACUCUUCUGUUAGGGGUCCACUAAGUGUCCUGGACUGAGAACACUAGGUGCCAAAUAACUAAUUCCCAAGCAAGGUGCCACAUCAGCUUUUACAGUUAGGUUAAACUCAAGACAGUAGAAGAAAAAUAAUAUGAUUAUAUCAAUUAAUGAAGAAAAAGCAUUUGACAAAAGUCUAACACUCACUCGUGAUGAAACCUUUCACAAAUUAGGAAUAGUGGGGUAUUUCCUCAACUUGAUAAAGAAUAGCUGAAAAAAACCUACAAGCAUACUUAAUGGUGAAAAGCUAGAUGCUUUCCCGUAAGGUUAGGAACAAGGCAAUGAUGUCUGCUUUCACUUCUAUUGAACAUCAUACUGGAAGUCCUAAUGAAAUAAGACAAGAAAAGAAAAGGAAAGAUAUAUAGAUUUUUUUAUGUAGAAAGUCUCAAAACAUCAUCAACAACAACAAAAAAUUCCUGGCACUAAUAAGUGAUUAUAGCAAGGUUGCAGGAUACAAGGUUUACAUACAAAAAUCAAUUGCUUGCUUAUACAUCAGCAAUGAACACCUAGAAUUUGAAAUUAAUAACACAAUAUCAUUUAUGUUAGCACUCCUGAGAAAGAAAUACUUAGGUUAUACAUCUGAAAAAAAAUAUGUGUAAGGUCUAAUGAAGAAAAUAACAACUCUGUUGAAAGAAAACAAAGAAAAUCUAAAUAAAUGGGAACACUCAGUAUUGUCAAGAUGUCAGUUCUAUAGAUUCAAUAUAAUCCCAGUAAAAAUGCCAGCAAGUUAUUUUGUGGAUAUUGACAAACUAAUUCUGAAGUUCAUUUGGAGACGCAAAAGACCCAGAAUAUACAGCAAAUACUGACGGAGAAGAAAAUGUCAGAAACUGAAACUACCCAGCUUUAAGACUUACUAUAAAAUUAUAGUAAUCAAGACUGUGUGGCACUGGAAAAAGAAUAGACAAGUAGAUCAAUGGAACAGAAUAGAGGGCCCAGGAAUAGACUCACACAACUAUGGUUAACUGAUCUCUGACAAAGGAGGAAGAGCAAAUCAGUGGAUAAAGCAUAAUCUUUUCAAUAAAUGCUGCUGGAACAACUGCACAUUCAUAUACAAAAAAAAAAAAAAAGGAAGGAAGGAAAAGAAAAAGAAUCUAGACACAGAUCUUACAAUUUUGACAAAAAUGAAUUCAAGUUGGAUCAUAGAUCUAAAUGUAAAACAUAAAACUCCUAGAAGAUAACAUAGAGGAAAAACCUAGGCGACCUUUGGUUUAUUGAUAACUUUUUAGAUACACUACCAAAAAUCACAAUCAAUGAAAAGAAAAUUGGUAAGUUGUACUUCAUUGAAAUUGAAAACUUUUGAUGUUCAAAACACAGUAUUCAAAGAG